UUACAGCCCUGGAACUCCACACGGUCGAACGCCGAGCAGUCUCCAAGGAAGUGCGGAGAAGCGCACCACUAGGCAGACAGAAAAACGACCCCUUGAGCCGGCUGAAAGUAACGAAAACUCGCCCGCCUCUUCAAAGAGUCUUCGUCUUGACCAGGAUAUUGUCCCGUUGAACGGGUUCAGCUCAUCGUCGGCAAUGACCCCGGUGCGAAGCAAUGAAAGUUUCUCCCUUGCAUCGGGCUCUUCAGCAGAAUCUCUUAAACCGCGAAGCCCUCGCAUCAAAGCUCAGUUGAAACGACAGUACUCGGAUGACGUGGUGAAGCUGAAGGCGUUGAUGGACAAGAUGGACGAUAUCGAUAAGAUCAAGCAGCUGGCUGCGGACGCUCUUCAGGAGGACAUCAAUCGCUGGCAGCAGAAGCUACGUAGCCUAGUCAAGGAGUACACUUCCCGUCUCAGUGAGGUGAAGCAAAAGCAAUGGUGUAAAAGUUGUGAACACGAAUCCAUACUGCACUGCUGCUGGAAUACGUCCUACUGUUCACGGGAGUGCCAGGAGAAGGACUGGCCAACGCACAAAAAGUUGCACAAAUUUUCCACCAAACACCAGCACUAGAAACGAUCUGCUCUACAACUUACCAGUAAGUUAAUCGCUUUCCUUAUGUCGAUCUCUUAUUAUCGUCGCUGUCGAACCGUACAUUUUCAAUGUGGUAUUACUACCUGUAAGCAGUAUCUCCGUUCCUGAGUUUUUGUUUUGUAUUUAGUUUAUAUAUUACUGCGAUAUCAUGAAUUUUGGGCAGUAACACGAGAACAAAGACACACAUGAAUUGCACAUGUAUCGUUUUUGUUGAAAGUCAUUUGUUGAAUUUAAUAAACAUACAUAAAUAAUA